GAAAGUGCACUGCGCGUUCUCGUCGACCUCAGCCCGUUUCAAAGAAUUCGCCGAAAGCGCCCGAAAAGAGCUUGGAAUUCUCCCGAGUGGAGCGUCGCCUGCUCCCAGCGAUAGGCGGCAAGCGCGGAGCGGUGGAUCGCGGGACGCGGGGGCCAGCACCACACGUGAGAGAAACGACGAGCCGCCAAGGCGUCCUCGCAUCGACCAGAAAAAUGCUGUUCCGCCGAGAAGGAAAGUAGUCGCCUCUGCGUACUUGAGCACUGCAGCGUGUCAAGUUGGUGCCCAGGAAGAUCAUGUAUUAAACCUCGAAGGCCCUUACGGGCAUUACACAACCUGGGGGUACCUGCUGCAAAAAACAUGAUAUAAAGGAACAAACAGAAUGUCUUACAACUACAUCGGCGCAAAUCGUGCAAAUCCGUCCGUAAACCUCCCAAACCCGUUGUACCGGUAACCGUACGGACUUGGCAAAUUUCUGGGUUCCAAUGCUCUGGGAGUCAUCCAUUUGAUUGCUUCACUUUGUCUUAUUGGGAAUCUGAGGCACAAUCGUGUUCCACAACCACAUCUGUGGAAGAACUCGUAGUUGGGCUAGUUGCUGAACGCCGACGGGCGACGAGCAGCACCCCGAGAUGUUUGCAACCGAAACAUUAUCGCAAUCGUGCACCUUUUUUUUUUUUUUUUAAUUAUUUUAAUCGUUUGAAGAUUCCAUAAGGUUUCCGUCUCUUUCCCCAGCUACUGCCGUCACGUUUUGUCGCUCAUGCUGGCGAAGGUUGUCGCAUUUCAGGCCAAGAAACACGCAUUUCAAACGCGGUUUCUAAGAAUCUUCGCGGUUUAUUGAAUAUCACAAGAUUGGGCAGGUAGAUUUUCUUUUCGUGACCGCUCUAACGAAAAAGAAAGAGAAAAGGGUUUGGAGAUAUCGGCGUCCCUCUUGGACGGUAUCCUCGGUUGUGGAGGGGAGCCCGAAUGUCCGAGCGGGGGGCGGGAGCCGCGGUCGUCGCAGGAAUGCCGUCACGGCUGGCCUGCCGGCGUCGUCCACGGGUCAGCGGACCGGCCACUUCCUCGGAGCGCGGGGCGCCCCCUCGGCGCCGCGCCAAGAACCGGCAGAAGCGGUCCGCUCGCCGGGCGACGCGGCCAUGAGUCCGCUGUUCGCCUGCACGGGCAACCUGUCUCGACGGGACGCGGUGCCGUCCGUGCCGGGCCUGGUGCAGCUGCUGAGGCUCUUUCGGCGCCGACGGGACACGGUGCGCCACGGGCUGGGGACCGGGUGCGACGACGCCCUGCCCUCGUACGCCCGCUGCCAACGCCCGGACUCGGACCUGUCCCAGUGGAGUGUCCCUUCGUCGGCAAGAGGCCCGCCCAACCCAUCCCCGGGUCCGCCCCGUCGCGCGAGUCCCUGGGACGCCCUGCGCGCCCAGCAGCAGCAGCAGCAACGGCGGCAGCCGCAGGAGCCGCAGCCGCGUCAGCAAUGGCAACGCAGGGCCCCUCCGAAGCCCGAGCAGCUGCGGUCGCAGUGCUCGCAGUUCAAGGCCCGGGCCCGGAGGCUGCCCACACCCCUGCUCAUGGACUCUCUGAAGCGCUGCGCCCGGCGCCUGUACGCGCGCACCCGACUGCGUGCGCCUUCGCUGGCCUCGGACAACACGUGGGCGAGCAGCGCCAGUCGCCGGAGACGGCGUCGGAGGACCAAAAAGCCGCCCGCGCUUCGCCUGGACGGCAAGGCGGUGCUGCUGGGCGCGCCGCCGGCGCUGCCUCGGCCGGGCCGCAAGCCCGAGGUGACGGCCCGGCUCUGGCUCAAGUUCUUCGAGCUCCAGCGCGACGCCCGGCGCAAGGGGCUGCGCAACGAGCGCCUGCUGGACAACUUCAGGGACGACCUGAAGACCGAGCACAUGUGGAGCCUGGCGAAGCAGCGGGCCUCGGUGCUGUGGCUGGUGUCGAAGGCGCACAACAACCGGGUGCCCCCCGAGCUGCGGGACCCGUUCUACCGGGACCACGAGGACCAGGAGCGGCUGAAGCCCCAGAUCGGCCAGGGGCUGGCCAGUGCGGAGCUGUACUGCCUGGCCCUGGCCAACAUCUAUGCGGACCCCAACUACCACAGCCUGAGCCACCAGGGGGUGGUGGGGGCCCUGCAGCGCAAGGGGGUCGACCUCGAGCCCCCCGAGGACCGCACCCCGCUCACCGAGACGGUGCUGGCCCAGACGGCGCCCCUGCGCAUGAGCGCCCACAUGGCCGUCAUCGGGGGCAUCAUGGACCUCUACGUCAAGGAGGUGCUCAUCCCCAUCAAGGUCUUCGAGGUCGUCAGGCGCUUUGCGGCGGUGGGCUACCCGGAGGAGGUGCCCGUGGACGCGGAGGACGCUGCCCUGCUGUGGCUCAACAAGUGCUCGGUGAAGAUGCGGCACCGCAUCGAAGACCAGCUGGGCACCUGCCGCUCGGAGGACGGCAGGCACCAGGGGCGCCCCCUGGUGCCGCACAUCCCCGUGGUGCAGGACCUGGGGGAGCUGAGUGACGGCUGUGCCCUGGCCUCCCUGCUGAGCUUCUACUGCCCGUCCUUCCUGCCCUGGGAGGACCUGUGCCUGAACGAGCCCAUGAGCCUGGCCGACUCGCUGUACAACCUGCAGCUGGCCCAGCGCUUCUGCGACCAGCACCUGCCCCACGACGUGUGCUUCCUGUCGGUGGAGGACGUGCUCUUUGUGCACCCCUCGGUGCGCCAGAACCUGCUGGCCCUGCUGGCCGACCUCAUGUACCUCUUUGAGAUCCGGCCGGCCAAGUGCGUGCGCCGCCCGGGGCUCCGCCACGACCAGGAGACCCCCAGCCCCCAGCACUGCCUCCAGGUGGCCCGCCACAACGGGGAAUCCCUGCGCAAGGCCCGGGCCCUGCAGAACUCGUGCAGCCACAUCCCGGACCUGCUGUGUGCCACCGGCGAGCCCCACACCGAGCAGCACAACGGUGCCUGGCCGGAACAUCCCCAGGGAGGACCGAAGAAUGACGGCGGCACGUCGAGGGGCCAGCGCUCCCUGCUGGCCAGGGACGAACGAGACUCGGACCCCCUGAGCUCCUCCCCCAAGUCCAGGAGCCGGUCGGACGAGGAGGAGGAGCGUGCGGGGCGCCCCUCUCUGCGGCGACGGUCGAGCGUGGGCCCCGAACCGCUGCAGCCGGCCCGGCUGCGGGAGGCCAAGGAGCGCCAGAACCGGGAGCCCAAGCACACGGAGCGUGGAGAGGACGCCCCGUCUACGAAGGAGCGUCCGCCGGAGCUCCCUCCCCAGGAGCCGGGACUGCGCCGCAGCGCCUCUCGGUCGGAGCUGUCCUCGCGGGGCUCCCCGCUGCGCCGGAACCCCUCGGGCACGGACCUGUUCCGGCCCUCGCUGAGCCGGAGCGCCUCGCAGACGGACGUGCGGGGCAGCCCCCCCCGGCGCAAGACCCUGGAGAGCUACUACGACCAGCUGGGGGGGGCCGAGUCCCUGCAGCGCACGGCGGGCUACCCGCUGCGCAAGGAGUCCUCCCUGUCGCACGUGUACAACUUCUCCGGGGAGAAGGCGGCCCUGGAGAUGAGCGACCCUUUUGAGACGGACAUGUUCGCCCAGCAGCGGGAGAAGCGCACCACCAGCUUUGCCCAGCUGUCCCGGGCCAAGGAGGAGCCGGGCAUCCACAUUGUCUACUCCCGGGAGGCCCCCCGGGGAGCCCCCGAGCGGUCCGAGGAGGGGCCCCUGGCGGCCCGGCUGGGGGCGGUGCGCCUCAAGCUGGAGGAGCGCCGCUCCAAGAUCGAGCGGGAGAAGCGGCGCCUGGAGGAGCGGGUCAAGCGGCAGCGCCAGCAGGCCGGCCAGGCGGCCUUUCUGCAGGCCGUGGGACGGGCCGAAGCCCGCCGGGCACCCUCGCCCCCGCGGGAGACCGCCCCGUUGGGCGACGCAGAGGCGGACGUGGACGCGGUGCGCCGCAAGUGGCUGGGCCGCAACGGCAGCGCCUCGGACGAGUCGUCGCCCCGCUCGGAGGAGCUGGACCUGGAAGGCUGCGUGUCCACCGUGGAGCGGCUGGAUUCGAGCCUGACGGACCUGGAGGCCGACAUUGGACGCAUCGAGCGCCAGCAGCGUGCCAUCCGGGACCUGGUGCACGGGGCGCCCCCGGCCCCGGCCCGCUUCUUCCUGCACGAGGCGCAGCCUGAAAGCCUGCCGCCCCCGGACCCCCGUGCCGGGGACGCGGCCCCGCCCCUGUCGCUGCCCCCCCAGCUUGCCCCGGCCUUCCAGUUCCAGCCGGCCAGGCGCCAGUGGGGGCAAUUCCAGCCGGAGCAGCACUGGGGGCCCCCCGUGGUGGCCCUGGCGGAGCAGCCCCACUCCCGACCUCAGUGGGGGCCCUCCGUGGCCCCCUUUGGGGACUACCUGCUGUACCCAGCGGAUUCCGGCACCUUCCAGGUAUCCCAGCAGCCCCCGGCGUACCCGCGGCAGAACGGGGCCGACCAGCGGGGCCCCUACCCGAGCUUCCCGGCGGACCCGUACCCGUGCCCGCCGUUUGGGGUGGCCCCCCCUCCCUUCCUGGCGCCCCCCGAAGUGCCCCCGGCCCCCCCGGCUCCCCCCGUGGAGCCCCCCGAGAGGCAGGAGCCCCCCCCGAGGCAGGAGCCCCCCCCGAGGCAGGAGCCCCCCCCGAGGCCGGAGCCCCCCAGGGAGGGCCCCAGGCGUGCCUUUGGCCAGACGUACCGGGUGAGCCGGCCCAAGGGGGGCGAGGAAGUGCCCCGUGGGGAGGCGGGCUUCUUUGUCUGCCUGGACGACCAGCAGCCCCGCAAGCCCAAGCCCCGGCUGAGGCCUCGCAUCGCGGCCCAGGACCCGGAGGCGCCCAGGGAGAACCCCCCCGACGGUGCGGAGGGGAGCCUGGAGCCCAAGACCGGAGCGGCCGCCCUGGGCUUCGUCAUUGGGGCCGACCUGGUCAACCCGGACCCGGAGGCCGAGACGGAGAUGCAGCGGCGCAAGGAGCUGAUAAUGAUGGUGUCCCUGCGCCGGCGGGAGGAGCAGGAGGCCAGCCGCCUGGCCAAGGAGCAGCGCAACGCCCUCAAGCGCAUGCAGGAACAGCUCAAGCGGGAGGAGCAGGAGCGCAAGCGGGAGGAGGAGCGGCAGCGGCGCCAGCAGAUCCUGGAGCAGUACCGGCAGCGCAAGGCCCGGGAGGAGGCGGAGGGGGCCGAGGCGGGCUCGUCCCCGCGGGCGGGGGGCACCCUCACCCGUCCCUCCAAGCCCCGCUCGUCCUCCCGGCCCAGGCCCAAGUCGGUCCACCUGGGGGCCACCGCUCCGGGCCUCCGGGGCUCCCAGGCCAGCCUGGACGAGUCCGGCCGCGGGGACGAGAGCCGCCGAGCGCCCAGUCCCCCGUGCGGGGACGCGUCCUGGCAGCGGGGGGGAAGCGACGCCUCGGAGACGGCCUCUGCGGGCAGCGGGUCGCUGCAGCUCCUGCUGCCCCUGGGCGACUACACGGGGCCCAAGCUGUUUGUCAAGCCCGCCGCCAAGUCCAACCGGGGCAUUGUCCUCAACGCCCUCAACACGGUGCUGGCGGGCCAGGUGAACGCGGACACCAAGCGCCGGGUGCUGGAGGAGAUGGGCGUCUCGGACAGCAAGCACUUCCUGAUCCUGUUUCGGGACGCGGGCUGCCAGUUCCGGGGCCUCUACUCGUACCAGCCGGAGCGGGAGGAGGUGGGGCGUCUGUUUGGGGUGGGGCCCCGCACGGUGACGGCCCCCAUGAUGGACCUCUUCUUCAAGUACAACUCGGGGGCCAAGAGCUUCAGCCGCAUCCACACCAAGCACCUGACGGUCACCAUCGACGCCUUCACCAUCCACAACAGCCUGUGGGCGGCCAAGAGGGCCCCCCGCAAGGACUCGUGAUGGCGCCCCGGGCGGGCUCGGCGGGCCGAGCUCCCCCCCCGCGCGUUUCGGGGCCCCGGGCUGUACAUAGUGGACGCAGUUCCUCGUGGGCCGUUUGGGGGGUGGCGCCCCCCUGUUGUUGACCUGACUUACUAACGGGCUGUGGGGGCCUCCCGGGUGCCUCGCAUGUGAUACGGCUUGCCAAAUGUAUAGUUUCUAGCGGCCCCGCACGAGGGCAGACCGACGCCCGAGGUUUCUCUCCCAGGUUUUUAAAUGGUUAACAGUUCUAAUUACGGUCCUUUUGCUGAGCUUCCAUAACAUCCGUUACGGUGCUGAACAAUAAAUGCUGCUUCUCUUUUU